AUGGAACUCCUUGAUUUAAGGAAAAUUCAACUCAGUGGAACUGUGCCCACCGAGUUGGGCAAUUUGGUCCUGGUUAAGAAAAUUAUAUUAGAGCACAAUCAGCUUGUUAGUAGCAGCAAUAUCCCUUUGCCUUUUCUCAUUGCUCUCACAAAUUGUUCCCAGCUAGAAUUUAUAAAAAUGUCGUACAAUCAUUUGAGCGGUGUUUUACCUCGAUCCAUAGGCCACCUUUCUUCAAAGCUCUCCAUCUUAGAUUUUGGGAACAACCAGUUAAGGGGUACAAUACCUACAUCUCUUACAAAUAUGAAAGUGCUCCGCUACUUCAAUGCUUGUUUCAACAAUUUGACAGGUGAAGAUCCAAAAAGAAAUUUACCAGAGCACGCAUGUCCAAAUCAGGGUAAGAAAUUGAAGUCACCACUUACAAAAACAAUGUUAUCAGCUGCUGGAGUGAUUGCAUUUUUACUGUGUAUUUCAAUCUUUGGAAUAUUGUGCUCUCGGAGAUAUUCAUCAACUCAAUUUGAUCUUCCAGAUUUCAUGUUUGGAAGACUGAGAUAUCCAAGGUUAACAUAUCAAGAAUUGGUCAAUGCUACAAACGGAUUUAAUGAGACAAAUUUGCUUGGUGUAGGUAGCUUUGGCUCAGUUUUUAAAGGAAUUUUAAGAGAUGUUUGCUACAAAUGGGAGCUUGGAAAGCUUUUGUAUCCUGAAAGUAAUGAGGAGGAUGGUUGUGAGGUCAAUAUUGAUGAAUGUUUGAACAUUGCUAUUUAUGUGGCCCAUGGCAUGGAAUAUCUACAUCACGAUUGUCCUAUCCAAGUUAUUCACUGUGAUUUGAAACCUAGCAAUGUGCUCCUAGAUGCAAAUAUGACAGCCCUUGUAGCAGAUUUUGGUAUCUCGAGAUUGGCUGGUCCUACAAACUUAAUUGAUUCCUUAAGCACAUCAAUUGCCAUGAGAGGAUUUAUUGGCUACAUAGCUCCUGGUAAGGAACAAGAUUUGGUAUCAACUGUAACUUCUUCAAUUGCAGAGUAUGGAUUGGGCAUGAACACUUCUACAUCAUACAAAAGGAGAUGUUUAUAG